CCAAUUCAUCACUGUCAUCUAAUCACCUACCCACAUCUUCUCCACCACCCUCUCUUUUUCUCUCGACUGCUUCUAAUGGAGUCUCUUUCCCAAUCCCUAUCGACUUUCCCGCCUCUCCUAAACCACUCCAGAACCCUAAUCUCCAAGCCCCGAUUCACUUCAACCCGGAAAUUCACUUCUCAUUGCUUAAAUUCGCUGCAAACCCACGCCACCAAACCGCCUAACUUGCCCCCAUUUCCCCGUUUCCGACAUAUCUCUCUGAACCCCCAUUUCUUCUCUCUGUGUACGGCUCUAUCUUUCCCUCUUUCUUGCUUUGCCUCCGGAACCGCUGUGCCCACUGAAGAAGCCUCCGCUAAGAUCAACUUAGAAGCAAUUUUGGUUUCAAUUGACGAGUUCUUUAAUAGGUACCCGUUUUUUGUUGCUGGGGUUACGUUCAUUUGGCUUGUGGUAAUCCCGCUCACCGAAGAGUACUUGCAAAAGUACAAGUUUAUAUCUGCCAUUAAUGCGUUUAAGAAGCUCCGGGAUGAGCCCAGUUGUGAGCUGUUGGAUAUUAGGGAUAAGAGGAGUUUGGCCUAUUUGGGUUCCCCCAAUUUGAAAAUCUUGAAGAAGAGUGCCCUGCAGGUUCAUUUUGUUGAAGGAAAUGAAGAUGCUUUUGUGAAGGAGGUGUUGGAGAAUUUUAGGGACCCGGAAAACACAACAGUUUGUGUUGUAGACAAUUUUGACGGUAACUCAUUAAAAGUGGCUGAAUUGUUGGUGAAAAAUGGCUUCAAAGAGGCCUAUGCAAUCCGGGGUGGGUUAAGAGGCAACAAAGGAUGGCAGGAAAUACAAGAAUCGCUUCUCCCUUUAUCUGUUCGUGUCUACCCCAAGAAGAAAGCCAAAGUGUCAGAACAGCAAGGUAAAGGUGGCCAGCCAGAUGAAGAUAUGGAUUCCAGUGUAAAAAGAAGUGAAGAGAUUACCAAUGGAUCUGUUUCAAAGCCCGUUCAACCCACCUCUCAAACAAGAAGUGCUGCUCGGCCAUUAUCCCCUUAUCCAAAUUACCCAGAUUUGAAGCCACCGUCUUCUCCAACUCCAUCAAAGCCUUCAAGUUGAUACUUCAUCCAUUGCUACUUCUGAUGCUGCAUUGUUCAUCAGUAGCCAAAUCGUUGGUGUUUUCCUCCAACAUGAUAUUGAUAUCUUAUUGAUGAAUAUGGCCCUGGAGGGUUUUGGCUAAAAAAGCUGAUUUCUACGGAGUAGAAAGAAGCUCUUCAACUGGAACUUUACUGAUCUAUGAAUAGUGGAAAGUUGUUUUUUCACUUGUGAAUUUUGCGAGCACUGCUCGCCACUUCUUUGGAUUGUACAAAUUUUGAUGAUGAGAUUAUUUUCUGUCAUUGUUGGUUUAUUGUAAUAACAUUGAAUAAGAGGCAUCACCAUCUUGUGAUUCUUGGGUCAGUUCUAAGCGACUUGAAUCAAUUGGAUCACAAUGUAUUUAAAGUAAGAGUUUAUUCCA